AUGUCGUCGCCCCAGCACUACUACGGCUCCCUCUUGAGCGGACGGGCAGUCUCUCCCCCGCCUGAAACUCGACCACCUCUGGACAGCGACCGCACCAACUCCUCUGGCGACCACCAGCUCCAGCAAGAUCUUGACGCGGCUAGACAGAUGAGCAAGGCACGCGGCGGUCAGGACCCCAGCCCGCCCAGAGCCAGCUUCUCCGAUGACCAGGCUGAGCCCUACUUUCACGAAGGUCUGAACAGAAUCCCAGCCGCUGUGCCUGUGCGUGCUCCAGCGCCACCCUCUUCUGCCGCUGCAGCUCGCUUCUACCAGCACAACCGCAACGGCUCCAACACCAGCCUGGACAGUCAACACCACUUUAUCGACCAUCGUCACCAGGUCCACUCGCUCAGCAAUGUCCACUCUCCUUCCGCCCUUCGCGGACGCUCGGCCCUUUCGCGCACGCCCAUGCGCAGCCCCAACACUUACUUCCCUUCUAGUAGAAACAAGGAACACUCGCUUCUGGAUGAUGACGACCAGGACGACAUCGACGGUGACGCUUCCCACGUUUCUCAAGGUGCGCCUCAUCUUCGCCGCCCUAGUCAUCAAUCUCACUCUUCCUCUCCGCCCAACGAUCAUCACGAUGACGACGCCACCAACGUGCCCACUCGAUUCCGACGUGACUCCACUGCCGAGGAUGAUGUCUGCUUCCCCAUGCAUGACACGCACCCCUCCGAGGAACGUCACCCGGAACACUUGCACGACGACGUCCGUGAUGCCUACACUUCCCGUCCCGACCACGGUCAGAUCCCACUAGGAUAUCCUUUCACUUUUGAUCUUGGUGCACUCGAAGACUUUGCCUCGGAGGAGCGUGACCGCAUUGGCAUGUCGUCUUCCUGGAAUGCGGCUGGAUCACCGGGUCAGGGCCUUCGCCAGCGCAACACCGCUGCGCAGAAGGGUUCCGGUGCUGGCUAUGGUGUUUCGCCCGACAGCGACGACGCCACUUUCUACAGUCGCCGCCCGCGCAAGCUUAGCACCUCGGCAGGUGCCUUUGGCAGCAGCAAGUACCAACGUAAGCUUGCUCUCUUCGAAGGAGGAGGAAGCGCGCCCCCGCCCGUGGCUGGUCAAGCUGCCUCCGCUAGUAUCCUGGGCGGCGGCAGUGCUCUCACCCCUGGUGACGGCAAGCGUUCGAUGGACGUAAACACUCCUCUCUUGGACAACGACACGCUUCCUUCGUACCACGGCGCAAACGGAGGCACUCGUCUGCACUCGUCCCAGUCGCACAUCGGCAUUGGCGGCCCCACGACACCUGGUGCCAAUGGUCUUGGGCGUGCACGAUCCACGACGGGUGCUCUUAGCAACCGCGGCGAAAAGCCGUACCGCUUUACUUUUUACUCGAACGCUUUGCCAUCGACCAUCCAUGCGCGCCAUCUCUCGGAGCUCCCAGCCGAGGGUCAGACGUUUGAGGAGCUGUUCAGCGGUCACAAUAAGAGUGCAGACCACUCGCCUCCCACCGAGGGUAGCCAGAGUCGUAACGCCAGCCGCGCACACACCAUCAAUGCGACCACUGCACGCAUGGCAUCGCUCGGACAGACAUUUGGCCGGAUGGAAGGCAAUACUGCGCCGCCUACAGGAUCCAACACUCCCGUGCCAGGCGGCGAGGAUGCAGCUAGGGCCAUGAGCGGCCUCAGCGCCAGCCGUGCCAAGGCGCUUCCGGGCGGUGGCAUUCGUAUGGAGCCCGAUCCGGAGGCAAAUACGUGGUGGCUCGACGUGCUCUCGCCCACGGACCAAGAGAUGAAGUUGCUCAGCCGCGUGUUUGGCAUCCAUCCACUUACCACGGAAGAUAUUCUUAUGGAGGAGACGCGCGAAAAGAUCGAGCUUUUCCGCAACUACUACCUCGUCUGUUUCCGCUCGUUCGACCAGGAUCCGUACAGCCCAACGUAUCUCGAGCCGCUCAACAUGUACAUCAUCGUGUUCCGCGAGGGCACGCUGUCGUUCCACUUCCGCGGCACGCCGCAUCCGCAAAACGUGCGUCGGCGCAUCAAGCAGCUCAAGGACUACAUCAACGUUACAUCGGACUGGAUUUCGUAUGCGCUUAUCGACGACAUCACCGAUGCUUUUGGCCCGCUGAUCCAGAGCAUCGAGUAUGAGGUCGACUCGAUCGACGAACUUGUGCUGAUCCUCAAGGAGGCCGAGCAGUCGGACAUGCUCAGGCGCAUCGGUACAUGCAGGAAGAAGGUCAUGGGUCUGCUGCGCUUGAUGGGCAACAAGGCGGAUGUUGUCAAGGGACUCGCCAAGCGUUGCAACGAGAACUGGUCGGUCGCACCCAAAUCCGACAUCGGCUUGUACCUCUCGGACAUCCAAGACCAUCUGAUCACCAUGACGCAGAACUUGAACCACUACGAAAAGAUUCUCUCCAGGUCGCACUCGAACUACCUCGCCCAGAUCUCGAUCGAGAUGACCGACGCCAACAACCAGAUCAACGACGUGCUCUCCAAGCUCACCGCGCUCGGUACCGUCAUUGUGCCGAUGAACGUCAUCACGGGAUUGUGGGGGAUGAACGUCAAUGUUCCGGGCCAGGGCGUGGACAACUUGAGGUGGUUCGCAGGCAUCUGUUCAGUCAUGGUGGUGAUUGCGGUUUCGGGCUACAUUGCUGCGACGAGGUAUCUGGAGCGUUCGCAUUAG